ACCGGUAUACUUCACGAAAAAGUAUACCGGUCAAACUGCGUUGUCAUCCCAUUUAUUCCCAGACUUUGAUGAACGUGUUCCUCGGAGAUUACCCGGUGAAGUUUCUAGGGUUGGAAAGUGUCGGCAGAAGAGAAUCUACGAGGGCUUGGCGUGUAGCGACCCGUGUUAGUAGAGGACAACUGGAGAUGCUGAAGAAUCCAUCCAAGGCACUACUCGACAAAGGGAAUAAUCCCCCUCACAAGGCGACAAGGCAGCUCAAGGACGAAACCAGUCACCUCGCACCACAUCAGCAUCGUGCCCCCACGUGGGCGCACAUGGUUACGCGAUUCAAGUGCGGUGGAGUGUGUCUAGGAACGGGGGUGUUCCACACGCUAUCCGAUGGCCUUUCCUCUCUCCAUUUCAUCAACACAUGGUCGGACAUUGCUCGGGGCCUCUCGGUCGCGGUCCCGCCUUUCAUCGACCGAACUCUCCUACGUGCCCGGGACCCGCCGACCCCGACAUUCCUGCAUAGCGAGUACAGCCUCCCUCCAAAGCUCCUCGUGCCUUCCUCGGAAGCCAAACGCGCCCCUAUGACCGCCAUGCUCAAGAUCACUCCAGACCAACUUUCCCUUCUCAAAGCCAAGUCCAAGCACGAGGGUAGCACGUACGAGGUCCUGGCGGCCCACGUGUGGCGGUGCGCGUGCAAGGCACGUGGGCUACCAGACGACCAACCGACGAAGCUCUACGUGGCCACGGAUGGCCGGGCCCGCCUGUGCCCGCCUCUCCCUUCGGGCUACUUAGGCAAUGUGGUGUUCACCGCCACGCCAAUGGCGGAAUCCGGCGACCUCCAAAACGAACCGCUCUCGAACUCCGCCAAGAGAAUCCACUCCACGUUGGCGAGGAUGGACGACAAGUACCUAAGGUCAGCUCUCGACUUCCUAGAAUGCCAAAAGGAUCUGUCUAGGCUCGUGCGGGGCCCGACCUACUUUGCGAGCCCCAACCUCAACAUCAACAGCUGGACUAGGCUGCCACUGCACGAGGCGGAUUUCGGUUGGGGAAGGCCGGUCCACAUGGGACCGGCCUCCAUUCUGUACGAAGGGACGGUGUACAUAUUGCCAAGCCCAAACAAGGACCGGACUUUGAGCUUAGCGGUGUGUUUGGAUGGUGAACAUUUGCCACUCUUCAAGAAGUUAUUGUAUGACAUCUGAAUAGAUCCGAGCCAUGAAUGCCAAGUAUAAAUGCCUAUAUAUAUGGUUGGAAUCUUUGAGUGUAAUGUUUGUUUCCACGUUCCUCUCUUUAAUAUGUUGUACUAAUAUAGUUGUUCAAAUAUC